CCGAUCACUGUCAUACCUCCACACUCCUCUCCUGUACAUACCGAUCACUGUCAUACCUCCACACUCCUCUCCUGUACAUACCGAUCACUGUCAUACCUCCACACUCCUCUCCUGUACAUACCGAUCACUGUCAUACCCCCCACACUCCUCUCCUGUACAUACCGAUCACUGUCAUACCUCCACACUCCUCUCCUGUACAUACCGAUCACUGUCAUACCUCCCACACUCCUCUCCUGUACAUACCGAUCACUGUCAUACCCCCACACUCCUCUCCUGUACAUACCGAUCACUGUCAUACCCCCACACUCCUCUCCUGUACAUACCGAUCACUGUCAUACCUCCGUACUCCUCUCCUGUACAUACCGAUCACUGUCAUACCUCCCCACUCCUCUC